AUGCCAGGAAAAAAUCCCAGGAAGACUGCGUUCAUCGUGGAGCAUGAUUUCAUCAUGGCAGCCUACUUGGCUGACAAGGUGGUUGUCUACGAGGGGCAACCUUCCGUCGAGUGUACCGCCUGUACUCCUCAGUCCCUGGUGUCUGGAAUGAACAGAUUCUUGUCGCAUCUUGACAUCACUUUCAGAAGAGACCCGACCAACUACAGGCCGAGGAUCAACAAGCUUGACUCUAUCAAGGACCGGGAGCAGAAGUCGGCAGGAUCGUAUUACUAUCUUGAUGACUGAGUGAUGCUGGGAGAUAGAUUUGUGAGGCUAAUCGGAGAGCUUGGGCUUAUUUAAUCUCCUUGAAUUGUGAUAGGGCAGCGAUGCCAUCAGCAGGCAAACUCGUUGCCUAAACAGUGUGUGCUAGCAGCAGAUUUUCAGUCUUUUCUGUGUGUAGCCGUCACCUUGGGUCGAUUUGGCUGGUCUGUAUUCGCCCCUAAUUAGAAUAUUUAUGUAUAGGAACCGGAGACCUGACUAGUAUUGCUAGUGCUUUCUCGUGUCAGUCAUCAGUUGUUGAUUAUCAAUGUCGAUUCUAGAGCAAAGAUGCAUCAGUUAGUCGA